AUUUGAAAAUAAAUAAAUAAUACUUACACCCAACAAGUAAUAAAACAAGAAAUAUACCAAAACCAAAAAAGCAAGAAAAAAAAGUCCUAACUCCUAACCCAAUCCAAUAAUCUUACUGACACAUUCUACAGAUUUUUUUGCUUACCAUUUAUUAUUAUUAUUAUUGGUACUACUUAGUAGUAUUAAUUAAUUUAUCUUCCUCAAAAAAAGUGUUAAUUAUUUAGUAAUUUAUUGGUGUCAUUUAUUACAUCCGUUUGCUUUUAUUUUCUUUAAUUAGCACAAUCACUCUUAAAUCUCUAAUCUGUAUUCUUCUGACCCAUUUCUUUGCUUCCAUUUAUUCUUUGCUUCAGUUGGCAUCGCUGGUCAAAGAUGAAUGCCAUUCUGUGUUGAUGUUGAUGUUGGUUUGGUAGACACGAUGACAGAUAAGAAGAGAUGGUUGUGGAAGCGAAAGUCUUCCGAGAAGAGCCCGGGCGGCGAAGCUGAGAGUUCAGGAUCUGUUUCCUCUCAUUCUGAGAGAUAUUCAGAUGAACAGGAGGAAGCAUCAAAGGAAUCUUCUAAUGGAAGCAUUCAUUCACCUGAUGUCACCUCAAAAGCUGUGGCCUGUGCCGAAGAUCUUGAUGAUAGUUCAGUUAUCAAUGCACAACUGCCUGAUGAAGUUGCAUCGACACCUCUACCUACUGAAUGCAUCAUAAAUGGCGGUUCAAAUUCAAUUGAGGUAGAUGAAAACGGAGAAAAUGAUAUUAUAUCAAAUGGAAAAGAAGAUGACCGAAAUGACGGGUCGAGGGAUAUAUCUGAGAAGCUAUCUGCUGCUCAUGUUAAUGUCAAUGCCAAAGAAGACUUGGUGAAGCAGCAUGCAAUAGUCGCUGAAGAAGCCAUAGCAGGAUGGGAAAAGGCUGAAAAUGAAGUAGCGGUUUUAAAGAAGCAACUUGACACAGUCACUCAUAGGAAUUCAGCUCUUGAAGAUAGAGUCACUCAUCUAGAUGGAGCACUUAAGGAGUGUGUUAGGCAGCUAAGACAAACAAGAGAAGAACAGGAAGAUAAUAUUCAAGAUGCCGUAGCUGAAAAGACUCGCGAAAUGGAAUCGGACAAAAUCAAACUCGAGAGCAAGCUUAUUGAGCUCCAGAACAAAUUAGAUGCUUCAAAUAGCAGACCUUCUAUUGAUCCUGAUAUGUGUCGAAAGGUUGAAUGGUUGGAGAAAGAGAAUAAGGCUCUAAGACAUGAGAUAUUAGUUCAAUCAGAAGAGCUGAAAAUCAGAACUAUUGAGAGGAAUUUAAGCACUCAAGCUGCUGAGACGGCUAGUAAGCAACAUUUAGAAAGCAUCAAGAAAGUAGCCAAGCUUGAAGCCGAGUGUCGGAGACUGAAGACCAUGGCUUCUAGGGCCUCCUUAGUUACUACUGAUCAUAAAUCCAUUGCUUCUUCAUCAUUUUGUGUUGAAUCUCUCACAGAUAGUCAAUCAGACAGUGUGGAGCGGCUUACUGCAGUGGACUGUGAUAUCUACAAAAUGAGUGGUUUGGAACUAAACAAAUGUGAGCCAAGUUGUUCGGACUCAUGGGCGUCUGCGCUAAUUGCUGAGCUUGAUCAGUUCAAGAAUGAAAAGUGCCGCCAAGCUCCAUCCAGUUCUGUUAAAAUAGAUCUGAUGGAUGAUUUUCUUGAAAUGGAACGACUUGCUGCGUUGCCCGAGACCAAGAAUGAAAACUUUGCUGAUGAGUCAGUUGUUGCCAAUCAAUGCGUUGACAUAGAAAGCGCUCUCAAAGCCGAGUUUGACAUCAUGAGUCAGCAAACGGAUGAACUAAAAGGGAAGUUAGAGAAGGUGGAAGCCGAUAAAGUUGAACUAGAGAUAGCUUUGAUGAAAAGUGAAGAGUGCAUUGAGGAGUCACAACUUCAGUUGAGUGAGGCGGCACAGAAACUGGAGGAGCUUCAAAUAGAGCUAGAAAAUGCCUACAAAUCAAAACAAAAGAUAGAAAAUCGCCUAAUGAGCAUGGAGGCAGACGCGCAAACACUUUCUUCCAAGGUCGACUCAUUAGAAGCAGAGGUUGAUAAUGAGAGAGCCAUGUCCCAUGAAAUUGCAAUGAAGUGUAAGGACCUGGAAAAAGAGUUAAAAUGCAAAUCUUCAAUGCUUGAGUUAUUAGAAGCUGAGGUUGAUAAGGAGAGGAUUGCAUUGCACGGAAUUGCGAUAAAAUGCGAGAGCCUCGAGGAAGAGCUAGAAAGCAAAUCUGCAAAGGUUGACUUGUUAGAAGCAGAGGUUGUUAAGGAGAGGGGUGUGUCAGAUAAAUUUGCUGCCAUGUGUAAGGACUUGGAGGAAGAGGUAGAAAGCAAAUCUGCAAAGGUUGAAUUAUUAGAAGCAGAGGUGGAAAAGGAGAGGGCCAUGUCUGAUGAAAUUGCAAUGAAGUAUAGGGAAUUGGAGGAAGAGAUACUCAGGUCAACAGCUAGCUCAUAUGGAGAAAAGAAAAUCAAACAGGAGGACCUAGCACUCGCCGCGGGAAAGCUUGCCGAGUGUCAGAAAACAAUAGCAUCUUUAGGGAAUCAACUAAAAUCUCUGGCUACACUUGAAGAUUUCCUUAUUGACACUGCUGGCAUUCCUUCAAGUCCACCACUCAUUGCUCAUGCUGGUGGAGAAAUGUGGAAGAUGCAUUCAAAUGACACAUUUUCGCCUAAAAGAGAUUCAAUUUCUUCUAGAUUGGCUGAUGGUAGCUCUGGUCCAUCUCUGAACAAAAAUGAGGAAAGCUCGCCGCUUUCCUCGUCUUCUUCAACUUCAUCAGCAGCCUUGCCAAAUCAUGUUAGUUCGGAAAAAAGUCGAAAUGGUUUCGCAAAAUUUUUCUCGCGAACCAAGAGUGGUAUUAGGCUAGAAAUUUAGAUUAAAUGGAAGUAGUAAUUCUUUAGUUCGGUUGUAGACAGGUUUAUUUUGUCAUUCAAUGUAAAGACCCAACUACAUUUAGUUUGCAUUAGUUAUAUCUUUUUUAACAAAAAUCUUGUGUUUAGUAUUACACUAGUCCAGUUUCAAAUAUAAACAAAAAAAAAAUUAUGUAUUUGAUCCAAA